UACGCAGACGAGUAGGGAAAAGAACAAUCAACGGGAGAAAUAUUUCCAAUGGUCUUGCAUUCGUUUUGGUUAACUUUCAGUCAUAGAUUUUAAACAACAGGUUGUUCAUUUCAUAUAAGGAAUACCUUCGGCCUAAAAACAUCAGGUGUUCAUCUCAUAUAAGGAAAGCCUUCCGCGUAAUUAGAUUGUUUAGAGAACAAAUCUCUACAGCAAUUUCGGACGCAUCUAUUCUGGUUCCAAAAAGACAGUACGGAUUGACUAACAUGCUAGUGGCACGUUUUACACCAUCGAUUUUGUAGUUAACGGUUGCGAUUGACUGACCUGUCACUAACAUGCUGUACAAUAAAUCUGUUUUAGAGAUAGAAUAGCCACAACCAGCAAUUUUUCCUCCAUGCCACUGCUAGAAAUCAGCCUACACACAUGCUUAUUUGCCAAGCUUGCAUUUUGACUGUUCUCACCAUUUGCCAAUGAUACUUGGUCUCCAUGUGCCUUCCACUCACUUUCACUUCUCACUCUCUCGAUUCGUUCGAUUCCUUGGUCAACAAGACAAUUUGUUUGGACUACUUGGCUCAAUGCAUGUAUAUAUUUGGUUAUUCAUGAGAAUUUGUUGCAGUCAAGUAGCAGUGAAAUAAUUGAGACCCCCUCUGUUUUUGGGCUGCAAGCAGCUUGGCGAUAAUCGCAAUAAACAUUUGUUAUAUUCCAACUGAAUUAUUCCUUGAUACGCCCGUCAGAAUAUCAGCAAGAAUACAGAGGAGAUCGAGACAAAUAGCAGAUAAGUUCAUGCCAAUACCACCAACAUCAAUAGAGGAUCAGGUCAUGCCAAUUGCCGCCAUGAAAUUGAUGGAGUCUAUUUGGGCAACACAAUUGAUGCGACUGGUUGGAGAUAGGAAAUGGGGAGAAUUUGCAGAUAGUGUUUUUGGGGUUUACAUGCGGCAUGCACUUGCAAUUGUGCUUCACUUUGUCUUUGUUGUUUGCCUUAUCCUUCCCUUUUUCUGGAGGAUUUGCACACGAAGAUCUGAAUCCUCUGUUUUGAAACCUACUCAUUCCAGAAAGUUGCAACUUGGGGUUGUGCAUAAAUUGGUCAUGCUUAGCUGCAUUUCUCUAACAGUGCUGUACGCCUCACUUGGAAUAUGGAGUCCUUUAUGUUGGUGGCUAAAGGAAAGUCCCAAGGAUUUUGGAGCCGAAGGAGAGUAUGUUUUUCAGACCAUGGCUUGGGCUAUCAUGUCAAGUUAUGCAUAUUAUUCUCUCACAAGAAGUAAAGAGAAGCUGCCAUUUUUACUUCGGAUGUGGUGGAUUUUGUCAUUGAUUCUCUAUGCAUUCUUCCUAUUCCUCAACAUUCAAGAGAUAAAGCAGAAAAAACACAUUAGCCUGAGUUCUCUGGUUGAAAUUCUGGCUCUUUUCCUUUCAGCCUUUUUGAGUUACACCAGCUUUUGUGGCAAAACUUGUGAGGGUUCCUCAACUGAAAGCGUUGAAGAACCUCUCUUGAAUAAUAUUCAGGAAAAUUCUGAAAACCUUAAGCCAAAAGUCACUCCUUAUGCAACAGCAAGUUUUCUCAGCCGGAUGUCAUUUUCUUGGAUGAAGCCUUUGCUUGAUGCUGGUCAUAGGAAACCUUUGGGCAUAGAUGAUGUACCUCAAGUUGCAGACACCCACAAGGCUGACUACAUUUACCAUAAAUUUAGAAACCAGCUAGAUGCCAAAGGAAAUGGCAACUUGUCGAUUGCAAAAAUGGCAAUUGUCAUUGUUCAAAAGGAUAUACUUUUUACAGCAUUCCUGGCAUUGAUGUCUUGUUGUUCAUCAUAUGUAGGUCCUUAUUUCAUAGAUAACUUUGUUCAGUGUCUUGCUGACAAGAAACAGUUUGCUAGUGAAGGCAUUGUUCUAGCUUGUGCAUUUCUUCUUGCAAAGGCGGUAGAAUCUUUGUCACAACAGCAUUGGUUUUUCAUAACAGUUCACCUAGGCGUACGUGUUAAGGCAGCAUUGACAGCUGCAAUAUACAAGAAGGGGUUGGUGCUUUCAAGCCAGUCAAGACAAAAGCAUACAAGUGGUGAGAUAAUCAAUUACAUGAGUGUUGAUGCUAAUCGUAUUGGAGAUUUCAGCUGGUAUCUUCAUGAAAUAUGGACAUCACCUUUGCAAGUUCUUCUAGCCCUGGGUAUUCUAUAUCAGAACUUGGGAUUGGCCUCUCUUGCAGGAAUGGCAACCAUGGCGCUAAUCAUGAUGGCAAAUUUUCCAAUAGGGAAAAUGCAAAAAAAUUAUAACAAAAAGAUCAUGAAAGCAAAAGAUGAAAGGAUGAAGGCUACAUCAGAAAUAUUGAGAAAUAUGAAAAUCUUAAAAUUGCAAGCGUGGGAGACCAGAUUUCUGCAGAAACUCGAAACAUUGAGGAAGAAAGAAUCUAAUUGGCUGAAAAAAUAUUUCUAUGGGUAUGCUGGGCUAUCAUUUUUCUCCUGGGGAGCACCUGCAUUAGUAUCUGUUGUAACUUUUGGUACAUGUACAAUGAUAGGAGUUCCUUUGACCACAGGCAGGAUUCUCUCUGCACUUGCAACUUUCAAGAUACUCAAGGAACCUAUAUACGGCCUUCCUGAUUUAAUCUCUAUGAUUGCUCAAACCAAAGUGUCAUUAGAUCGGAUAGCUGACUUUCUCCAGCAGGAGGAGCUGCAACCAGAUGCAGUCAAACAAAUCUCAAAUGAUUUAACUGAAACGGCAAUUGAGAUCCAAGAAGGGGUAUUCUCUUGGGAUCCUACUGCCCCUAGUCCAACUAUAAGGGGCUUAGAUGUUCAAGUAAAGAGAGGCAUGAGGGUUGCAGUGUGUGGAACAGUUGGUUCUGGCAAGUCAAGUCUCCUAUCCUGCAUACUUGGAGAGAUACCCAAAAUUUCAGGAUCUGUGAAGAUAAGUGGUACCAAGGCAUAUGUUAGUCAGUCUCCAUGGAUACAAAGUGGAAAAAUCAGAGACAAUAUUCUUUUUGGGAGGGAAUGGGACAAAACCAGGUAUGAGAGUGUACUGCAGGCCUGUGCAUUUGAAAAAGAUCUUGAAUUGUUCCCUUAUGGGGACCAAACAGAAAUUGGAGAAAGAGGGAUAAAUCUAAGUGGUGGGCAAAAGCAAAGGAUACAGAUUGCACGUGCUUUAUAUCAAGAUGCUGAUAUUAAUCUUUUUGAUGAUCCUUUUAGUGCUGUUGAUGCUCACACCGGGACACACAUUUUCCAGGAAUGUCUACUUCGUAUUCUGGGUUCAAAAACUGUCAUCUAUGUAACUCACCAAGUCGAAUUUUUAUAUAGAGCUGACCUCAUUUUGGUAAUGCGAGAUGGUGAGAUUACCCAGGCUGGAAAAUAUGAUGAUAUAUUACAAGAAAGCACAGAUUUUGAGGAAUUGGUUGGUGCACAUCAGAAGGCAUUGAAAUCCGUCAAUGCCAUGGAGAAUUCUGAGAACCUCUCAUCGCAGGCACUUGAUGAAGGACCAUCUACUGGUCAUACAACUAACGUGAAAGAUGUUGAUCGUCAAAAACUCCAGAAGCAGGACAGUAGCCAAAAAUCAAAAGAGGUAGAAGAGGAUCUUGAAUCAAAAACUAAUGGAGAGAAAGAAAUAGAUAAAGGGGUUAAAAGUUCACAGCUUGUGCAAGAAGAAGAAAGAGAGAAAGGCAGGGUGAGUCUGUGGGUGUACUGGUCUUACAUCACUGCUGCAUAUAGAGGUGCUUUGAUACCCAUCAUCUUAUUGGCACACACAAUAUUUCAGCUACUUGACAUAGGUAGCAGCUACUGGAUGGCAUGGGCGACCCCAUUGACCGAAGAUCAAAAGCCUCCGGUUAGCAAGUCCCUCCUCAUUCUGGUCUAUAUGGCUUUGGCAUUAUGCAGUGCAUUAUGUAUUCUUGUAAGGACAAUCUUUCUUUGUCUCUCUGGAUUUAAAAGUGCUCAACAACUUUUCAGUAGCAUGCACAGUUGUAUAUUUCGUGCACCAAUGUCCUUCUUUGAUGCAACUCCAACUGGACGUAUACUAAAUCGGGUGUCAACAGAUCAGAGUAAAGUGGAUCAAAUGAUUCCUUUUCAGCUAGGAGGUUUAGCUUUUGCAAUCAUACAGCUUUUGGGAAUUGUGGCAGUCAUGUCUCAAGUUGCUUGGCAGAUCUUUAUUGUGUUUAUACCCGUGCUUGCAAUUUGUAUAUGGUACCAGCAAUAUUACAUAGUGACUUCUAGGGAACUUGCUAGGUUGAUUGGAGUUUGCAAGGCUCCUGUCAUACAACAUUUUGCAGAAUCAAUCUCUGGGGCAGCCACAAUCAGAAGUUUUGACCAGGAAUCUCGAUUCAUGAAUACAAAUCUACAAUUGAGCGAUGGUUUUUCCAGACCCAGUUUCCACAAUGCUGCGGCCAUGCAGUGGCUUUGCUUUCGGAUAGAUAUUUUAUCAAAUCUUGUAUUUGUGUUUUCUAUGGUGCUUGUGCUUUGCUUGCCAGAAAGCAUAAUUAGUCCAAGCAUUGCAGGCUUGGGAAUAACAUAUGGGCUCAGUCUGAACUUUACACAAUUCUGGCUGAUAUGGAACCUCUGUAAUGUGGAAAACAAUAUGAUCUCUGUAGAGAGAAUGGUGCAGUACUCACGGAUACCUAGCGAACCUCCAUUGGUUAUAGAGAAUUCUAGACCAAGUUCUUGCUGGCCAUCAAAUGGAACAAUUGAUAUCAUGGAUCUUCGGGUUCGUUAUGGGCCCCAUCUCCCACUUGUUUUAAAAGGAAUUUCAUGCACUUUUCCUGGAGGGAAUAAGGUAGGAAUUGUAGGACGGACAGGCUGUGGGAAAUCUACUCUAAUUCAAACCCUCUUCCGAGUUAUAGAUCCAGUGGGAGGCAGAAUAGUCAUUGAUGGAAUUGAUAUUUUAACAAUAGGUCUGCACGAUCUACGAUCCAGAAUAAGCAUCAUCCCACAAGACCCAACAAUGUUUGAAGGCACUAUAAGGAAUAAUUUAGAUCCCUUGGGAGACUAUUCAGAUGAUGAGAUUUGGAUGGCUUUGGAGAAAUGCGAGCUGGGGGAAGUUGUCCGGGAAAAAGAAGAGAAGCUCGAUUCUCUAGUAAGUGAGAAUGGAGAGAACUGGAGUGUGGGGCAAAGACAGCUUGUGUGCUUGGGAAGGGUACUAUUAAAGCAAAGCCGCAUAUUGAUACUGGAUGAAGCAACUGCCUCAGUGGACACUGCAACAGAUAGGCUUAUUCAACAAACCAUACGGAACCAAUUUAGAGACUACACAGUCAUAACCAUAGCACAUCGAAUUCCAUCAGUCUGUGAUAGUGACUUGGUCCUCGUGUUGAGUGAUGGAAAUGUUGUUGAAUAUGACUCCCCAACCAAGCUCUUGGAGAACAAAUCUUCAUCAUUUGCAAAACUUGUUUCAGAGUACACUCUGAGAGCAACGAAUGUUGAGGAAAAAUAGAAGGCCUGAUUAUAUCAGCUUUCAAAUAUGAUGACGAAAAGCAAUCUCUGCCAGAUGGAACUCUCAUAUUUUUCAUCUCUUGUACGGGCGUUAGGCUAAAUUUCUUUUGACUAAGAGUCCAGAAUUGAGGAAUGCUAGUCCUAUCGUAAUUGGUAUGGAAAUUCACUAAUUACUUACGAAAAUUAAAAAUAUGUUUGAAUUAUAAUUUUAUAAUAAAUUAGCAAGUAUCUAUUGAUGUUGAUGAUCA